AUGAGACUGAUAAUUCGUGAAGAUUACGACGAAGUAUCUGAAUUUGUAGCCAACUACAUCAAGGAACGUAUCCGUCAAUUUGAACCGAAUGCAGACAGACCCUUUGUACUGGGUUUGCCUACAGGAUCUUCUCCAGUUGGCGUCUACAAGCGAUUAGUCGAGUUGUAUAAAUCCGGCCAAGUCACCUUUGAGCAUGUCGUUACUUUUAAUAUGGAUGAAUACGUUGGGUUGCCUCGAGAUCAUCCAGAAUCAUACCAUUCAUUCAUGUGGAAAAACUUGUUUAUGCAUGUCGAUAUCCGCCCAGAAAAUGUUCAUAUUUUGGAUGGAAAUGCACCUGAUUUAGAUGAAGAGUGCAAGAAAUUUGAAGCUGAAAUCACUCGUGUGGGAGGCAUUGAGUUGUUCCUAGGUGGUAUUGGCCCAGAUGGCCAUAUUGCCUUUAACGAGCCUGGAUCCUCCUUGACAUCUCGCACACGUGUAAAGACAUUGGCCUACGAGACCAUCAUUGCUAAUGCUAGGUUCUUUGACGGCGACAUUGCCAAGGUCCCCAAGCUUGCAUUGACAGUUGGUGUAGCUACUGUGAUGGAUGCCCGUGAGGUAGUAAUUCUUAUUACCGGUGCACACAAGGCAAUCGCACUUGCUAAAUGUAUCGAGGAAGGCGUGAACCACAUGUGGACAGUAUCCGCCAUUCAAAUGCACCCCAAAGGUUUGAUUGUCUGUGACGAAGAUGCUACAUUGGAGCUCCAUGUCAAGACUGUAAAAUACUUUAAAUCAAUUGAACAUGUCCACCAUUCAUUGAUCGGUUCCGAAAACUUGUCCCUCCAAGGUGGCGUCAAGCAACUCAAGAACGUCCUGACUGCUGCUGAUUCCAGACCCUCCACUCCAAUGGAGUAA